CCAAAACUAUAAACAAGCGGAGCAGCUUCACCGGUGUGCUAACGCUAGGCUAACCAACUUUCUUUCCCAGUCGAUCAGUUCAUCUGGGUCAUCCGGUCCAGAAGCAGAAUUAAUGACAAUGACCUGACCAAUGGACCACUGCAGUGUCUGCUCAAGGGUCAAAGGUCACUUUUGGAGGUAGAUCAUGAAUGACAAAUUAGUCUUCCUGGGCCUGCUGUACUUUGUCCAGGGCAUCCCUUAUGGACUCCAGUCUUCCUUGCUUCCUGUCUACCUGCGUGGAGCCGGUCACUCCCUCACCCGCAUUGGCUUCACCAAGAUCCUCUACUUCCCCUGGGUCCUCAAGGUGCUCUGGGCCCCUUUGGUGGACCGGGUCGGCACCAAGCGCCGCUGGCUGGUGGGAACAGUUUGUGGACUGGCUCUGACAUGCCUCUCCAGCGCGGCCCUGGCCCCAGAAUCACAUAUCUGGGGAGUAGCAGGGACCCUGUUGGCCAUGAACAGCUUGGCCUCCGUCCAGGAUAUUGCUGUAGACGGGGCGGCGGUGGGGUUGUUGAAAGGUCGUGGGGAGCUCGGGCUGGGCAACACAGCCCAAGUGGUGGGCUAUAAAGCUGGAUCGGUGUUCGCCGGAGGCGGGCUGCUGGCUGUGAUCGACGUGGCUGGGUGGAGCUGGAUGUUCAUGCUGCUGACGUUUGUGUACGCCGGCGUUGCCCUGUUUGUCUGGGGGGCCCCCGUGCUGGACGAUGAGACUGUGAGGGGCCAGCAGGCAGAUGGCAGCAGGAGAGGAGGGCAGGGAGCAGAUGCUGUGAGGCCAUGGAGGGUGUGGAGGAAGCUGCUGGCAGUGCCUGGCACCCCUUGGACAGUCCUGUAUGUGCUAACAUACAAACUAGGUGAGCAGGGCGCAGUGACCAUGUUUCCCCUUUUCCUGUUGGAUCAUCACAUGACCGCCAGGGAGCUCGGCUUCUGGAACGGCGUUAUCGCCAUGGGCUUCUCCAUCUGUGGCUCCUCCCUUGGAGGCCUGCUGCUCGCUCAGUUCAGCAUCGGGGCUCUGAUGCGACGUGUCUUUGUAUUGCGAACCAUCAGCAUGGUCUUCCAGAGCUCUCUGCUGACUGUGCUGGAGCCGUCGCCGCUCAUGAAAGGUAUGGCCGUCCUCAGCAUGAGUGUUCAGCACUUCCUGGGCGGCCUCAUCACCACGCUCACCUUCACGACCAUGAUGCAUUGCACUCAGAGGGCCGAGGAAAGCAUUCAGGCGACCCACUACUCUUUCCUGGCCACUCUGGAGGUGCUGGGGAAGCUGACCUUCAGCACUCUGGCCGGAGGCGUGGUGGAUUGGUUUGGUUUCCAGGUUGCCUUCCUGUUCUUCCUCACCCUCUCCGCCGGGACGGCCCUGCAUGUGUGGACGGCGACCUUCACUGGGGCUCUCCGGGAACACCAGCUCAAAGAACAGCCCAAGUGAGCUCAGGGUCAGGGGGAAAGGUCCUGAUGAGACGAAUAACUUGAGUUUGACUUCCAGGAUUCAGACACCUUAAACGUCCUUGAAUAGCGUUAAACAUAACACCCACGACGUCAGCAAACCAUGUUCAUAUAGAAGAUCUUGAAUUAGUUGACUUUGUUGUUUUUUUAAGGAGAAAUCAGCCAUGCAGUUAAGUACUCGUUCACAGAGUGUUUAUUGUCAUUGGCCUUACUUUUGAGUUAUUUUGCAUUUGAAAAGUGUGGAAAAGUCUUAAUAUUUUCAGCAGCGUGAUGAACGUUUGCAGAUACCGCGUAGGUGAGGAUGAGUAUCGCUGCAUCCUGGACAGGAUGGGGUCUGUGCGUCCAGUCAGUGUGAUGAACUGAUGCGUGUCUGUGCAGUCAUACUGUGUUUAGAGUUGAGAAAUAUAAUCAAAGCCAUUUUUAUCAUCUGAGCCAUGUUAAUGUUUUAAUAAGCCAGCAAUAAGAGCUGUAGCCAAAAGCAAUAUCGCUGCUUUGUGAUGCUUGUUCUGUCAUAUCGUACUGUACAGGAAUAUGUUAUACACAUGUCAUUCUCCUGAGUUGUAUGGUUUACAGUCUCUGCUACCUCCUAUCAGCACUGUAUGGUACGAUACACAGGAGGUGGAUGUACAGCAGCUGCACCAAGUAGAGUAAUUAAAGAGUGAAGAGUUGCCACACACACACACACACACACACACACACACACUAUGUUACCUAGGAUACAACAGUACGCCAAAGUAGAUUGAGUAGUUUCAUUUUAGAAAAGGGAAUAAAAAUGCACUUCAGCUGUUGAACGAGGAGCAUUUAUGUGUUUAAUCACCCACAGAUUUAGAAUAAAAAUCCCUUUGGACCCUGACAGCUCACCCCUCGUAGGAGACCUCGGCCUUACACACUGCAUGGUGCCGUCUCAGCUCAGUUCUUCAAUCAAACAAUCAGGCUUAUUAGUGAAAUAACUCUUUUCUUUGUAAAACUUGAAAGACCAACACGGCUGGCCCAGGCUGCUAACUUUGUUUCACUGUUCAUGUUCAAUGAUAUUUACUAAGAAACAUCCUGUAACUCUCCAUGGCACUGUAUACGAUAUACAAUCAUUUCCUCCAGGCUUAAAAUGUGAAUGAAUCAGCAGCGUUCUUCUCGCCAGGCUGUGUGUGUUAACACUGAUGGUUGUGUCGGCAGAUGAGAGGGGGUGGGUUGGUUUACACACAGGCAGCAAACUCAGCCGGUCGCCUGCUUCCACAUCAUUCACUCAUGAGAG